CACCCGCCAUAUAACGCGCCUUUGCCAUGGAAACAAACAGCAGCAGCGGCAGCAACAGAAACAGAUUCUUCAUAGCCAGAUAAGCCAAAUCUCACUCGCUCUCUGUUUCUUUUGUAGUUAGAUAAGAGAUGUGAAGCAGUAGUAAGCAAGUGAAAGCUUGAAAAUGGCGGAGCUAGUGUACCAAGAACGGAGCUCAUCGCGAUCGGGUUAUAGAGCUCGAGAUGCAAGCCCUGACUCUGUGAUUUUCACUCUUGAGUCUAACUUCAGUCUCUUCUCUUCCGCUUCUGCUAGCGUCGAUCGUUGCUCUUUUGCUUCUGAUGCUCAUGAUCGGGACUCUCUUGCCUCUGAAAUUUCGCUCCAUUUGGCAGGACAUGAAGUUGGUUCUGGUGUUGGCGGAGGAAAUGAACUCCGCGAAACUUUGAGUGGUCCAGAUCGAGAUCCAGAUCCAAACAAACUCGUUAUACACAGUAGCAACACAAAGCAACAGCACGCUCACGCUCACUCUCGUCUCUUCAAAAAAGUCGAAAAAGUGAAAGUUCAAAAAGAAGACAGCAGCAAAGCUGCCAUAGAACUAUUAGAAGAGGAUAGCAGCAAUCUCAUAGAUUCAGCAAGAAACUCUUUUUCUCUUGCUCUUAAAGAGUGUCAGGAACGGAGAUCUAGAUCUGAAGCGGUUACUAAGAAGGCAGAUAGGCGAAGACCUGCGUCGUUGGAUUUGAACAAUGUUAUUGCAGCAUCAUCGCCGCGAUUAAGUGGUAUGAAAAAGAGUACAACAUCGUCUAGAAAGUCGGGUACAUUUCCUAGCCCUGGGACUCCAAAUUAUCGCCACGCCAGUGUUGGAAUGCAGAAAGGUUGGAGUUCAGAGCGAGUGCCGUUGCAUAAUCUUAGUAAUAAUAGGCGACAGCAAGCAAAUGCUAAUGCAUCUCUAUUGUUGCCCAACGGAAGGACUUUGCCGUCAAAAUGGGAGGAUGCUGAGAGAUGGAUAUUUAGUCCUGUUUCUGGAGAUGGUGGAAUGAGAACAUCGAUUAAUCAAGUUCCUCAACGGAGGCCCAAGUCUAAGAGUGGACCUCUUGGUCCUCCUGGGAUUGCCUAUUAUUCCUUGUAUUCUCCUGCUAUGCCUGUGUUUGAUGGGGGCAAUAUGGGAAAUUUUAUGUCUGCUUCUUCUCCAUUUUCCGCCGGUGUUAUUGCUGCUGAUGGAUUGGGUAUGCGCUCCAAUGGUAAUGGUGUUGCCUUUCCUGUACGGACUGAACCUUGUAUGGCCCGUUCUGUUAGUGUGCAUGGUUGCUCUGAGGUGCUGCCCCAGUCCUCCUCGGCUUCCCAAGAUGAGAAGCUUGAUGGUGUUAAGGAUGCAGCUACUGAUUUAUCUUCUGUUUCAAGAAGGGACAUGGCAACGCAAAUGAGUCCUGAGGGUAGUAACCAUUCAUCUCCAAGCAUGAGGACUUCCUUCUCUGCAUCCACUCCUUCCAUCUUACCUAUCGUGGAAGUGCAGAGUGUUCAUACCUCUAAGUCACAGGUAAGGGAUGUGCAGGUGGAUGAGAGGGUAACUGUCACCAGAUGGUCUAAGAAACAUAGGUCCCGCAACCAGGGCAAGAAUUCAGAAAUUGUUGAUGACUGGAGAAAGAAAUCUGUUGAUGCCAGAUCUUCACCUUGGGAUGUUUCAGAGGCUGCAAAGUGCAUUUCUAAGGCCAAAAGAGAGGAAGCAAAAAUAACUGCGUGGGAGAAUCUGCAGAAGGCAAAGGCUGAAGCAGCGAUAAGGAAACUUGAGAUGAAACUUGAAAGGAAGAGAUCAUCAUCAAUGGAUAAAAUUAUGAACAAGCUGAGAUCAGCUCAGAAGAGAGCCCAAGAAAUGAGGAGCUCAGUUUUAACCAACCAGGCAAACCAAGUGUCCAGGACUUCACACAAGGCUAUAUCAUUCCGCAGAACUCGUCAGAUGGGUUCCUUGAGUGGUUGCUUCACGUGCCAUGCUUUCUAGUUUCCCAUCUUGCAUUUAUUGCUGUGCCAGCUUAACAUACCUGAUCCCUGGCCAGGUUGAAGUGGAAUUACACCUGCAGCAGAGGAUGCGUAAUGUACAGCAGCAGACGACUAUUUUGGUGUCAAUGCGGUUUUGCAGGGGCAGCAUUUCCAUAAGGAUUUCAGAUAAGAAGCAAGAUUCUUGGCUCCAAAAGAUUUGUAUGAAUGAGUGUACGUAUGUAAAUGAACAACUUGUAUUCUUCUCUCAUAUAUAUGACAUUUUUCCUUGAAGUUUGAAAUGCCGUUAUUUGGCUUGCUGUCAAUUUUGAAAUAAAUACCAGAAUGGGAUUAAUCACACCAUGCAUUCUGUUUAGUCAA